AUGGACCGCAGCGCCACCUUCACCGACGACGAGGACGACAGCGGCAUGAGCGACAGCGAGGGAGGCCCGGCCUCGUCGGAGGCGAUGCUGGCCAAGUACCUUCCCUUCCUCGCACCCGUCGCCACGAAGGUCGUCGCUCAGGCCAUGGCCACCGACGCGCGGUCCGCCGCCGCCGACUCGUCCCCCUCCUCCUCGUCCCCCUCCUCUGCCGCCGCCUUGGCCUCUCCUCGCGUCGGCGCAGGGUCUUUGCCUUCUCCUCGCGCCGGCUUUGCGAGCGCGCCCUUCGGUGUCGACGAAGACGACGACCCUAACCUCCCAGAGGGAGCGACAGGCGAAGAGACUCAGGAUGCCAUCCUCAGCCUGAUCGAAAGCGAAUCGCUCGGGCCCACCUUCAGGAGAAGGAGCAGGAACGCCCAGCCGGUCGGUGGAGCGCCGCAGAUGAACAAGGGCAUUGCGAUGCAGCAGAUGCGAUGCCUGCAGAGGGUCUACCUCUUCGGCAACACGUCCUACGUGCUCCUCUUCCAGGCCAUGGACGCCACCUUCGACGAGGAGUGGGCACUCGCCGCGCCCAUCAUGCGCUCCUUCCAGUUCUUUUCCUCUUGA